AUGACCGAGCUCCGAGGAGAACCUGCUCAUUCAAGUCUAUGGUCAAAUUAUGGCGCCUCUUCACACUUGCCUACCCGCCUUGGAAGCAUGGACUCUUCUAUCCAUGGGCACUCGCAACCACAUCUCUCGGCUCGACCCCGAGGCGAGUUGGACCAGCCCUACUCGUAUAACCGAUAUUCCCAGGAUGAGCCCGCCUCUUACGACCGUCAAAACUCUUAUUCUAGUCUGAAACGGUCCUUCUCCCAAACCGAGCCACCAGCCUACCAGGAAAUAGUUCAUGAUAUGAGGGACGAUGGCUCGCGACUCACCGUGAAUCAGGACCACAAGUUGCUUUCCUUCCGACGCUCGCAAGACAAGUCCACCAUUGUCGAUCAACAGGGCCGUGUACAGCAACUUGAACUGUCUGCUCAGCUCCAUGGCAUGUUCUUUCUAUCCGAGAUGCCUGCGAGCAGCAGUGAUGGCUCUGUAUUGCAGCCUGAGCUGACUUGCUACCGUCGAAACCUGUUCCAGAUCAGUGGUUCGCUGGUCAUGCCACGAGGACAGCUCUCUGUGGUUACCGAGUCCAACGAAACGCUCUCCGUCAGUAACAUGGAAGUAGCUGUGUCUGCCAUCGAGUCUGUAGAUGGCAAUCCUGUACGACUCAUCGUGAUUCCCUGGAAGACUCCUCCACCCAACUCUCCCGAAAUCAGCCAAGGCCCGGACCAGGAGCCGUCUCCGUUGCCUCUGAUUCCAUUCCAGGAGGAUGGAAACGACAACGAUGGAGACUUUGCCGUCUAUCCCAUCGGCUGGCGUCGACUUCAGUUCAGGAUCGCCACGGCCAACAAUGGCCGUCGAAAGGAGCUACAACAACACUUUGUAUUGCACCUCAAGGUCCAUGGCACGCUCUCUGACAACUCCAAGGUUGUAUUGUCAGAGUCCAUCACCGCUCCGAUUGUGGUCCGUGGCCGCAGCCCACGCAAUUUCCAGGCCCGCAAGGAAAUUCCUCUUCUUGGCUCGAGCGCCGGAUCGCGAGGUCAGGCGCUGGUGGAGACAGGAUUGGGUGUUGUCGCCAGCGCUAUUAAUCUCAAACAAGACGGGAAGCCUAGGAGUAUGGAUAUGCAAGUCCCCAGAUCGGCGUUUACGUUUAGCCCCCCGAAACCUCACAACCCAAGCAUCAAUCCCAUGAGAUCCAACUCAUACCCUUCUUGGAACUCCCAGGUCCCCUCAUCAAUGGCACCUGAUUCGUAUUCAAAGCUGCCACUCUCCGGAUCCUCGGGAUUUGCUACAGAGACACAAGAGUUACCGUUACAAACUUCGAUUGGAUCUUCGGUGCCGUUGCCACUGGCGACUGCAGAUCAACCCCAGCCUGGUAUACGAUCUCAGUAUAAUUAUACCACGACGUCGACCCCACAACUCCCUGGUAGCACGGUUACUUUGGGAGGAGACAGUGGUUUCAGCAUGCCACGAUACGUUGACAGCAAUCCGAGGCCUUCCAAGAGCCCCCGGCACCAAGGCCACCAGUCUGUUCAUAGCAAUGGAUCCAUCCACAAUACGGAAGGCCCAGACUAUCGAUACAAUGCUUUCCGUGGUAUUUCAAACGGCGUAGGUGAUGUCUCGCCAGGUGGCAGCGCAGCCCCGUCAAGAGAUUACUACCCUCCCGCUCAUACAUGGACAACUACGGCUGCAGAGUCUAGUUCGAGCCUCUCUUAUGCCGGCAAUGAUGGCAGAUCUUAUUCAGGAGUGCCUCCACUGAAACACGAACCUGCGCCCUACAGCAACAGCGCUCGUGGCUCAUUCGAUACAAUGAACAACUACUCGUGGACAGCUGCUUAG